AAAGAAAUUGAGACUAAAAAAGAGGAAUUGAAAGAAGUCCGGGAAGAAUUUGCCGAGGAAAUUGUCAAGAAUGAAACCGAGUAUAUCGAAAGAUUACAAGAAGCCGAAAAGAAUUUAGAGAAAAUUAAAGAAAAAAGCAAAAAUUAUAAAACCGUCAAUUUCUCAAUUUUAAGCCAAGAUUUAGGCACUCCCAAAAAUAUUUUUUUCGCCAAUCGAGAAGAAAUAGCCCAAGCCCGAAAACUUUAUGAGAAAAUAACCCAAAAUUUAGCAAAAAAAGAAAGUGAAGAUUAUUUAACUUCCCCAGCAAGCCAAGAAUUUCUCCAAUUGGUUAAAACUAGUGGAGCCGAAUUAGAUGAUGAAGAAAUAGAGUUAGCCGCUAAAAUUGAGAAUAAGCAAAAGCAGCAAGAUUAUCAGGCAAUUUCUCAAAUAGUAGAAAAAAUGCCGGCCGUUCCGAAUGAAUUAACCAAAAUCUUAACCAAAUUACUAUCUAAUUUACAGGAAGAACAAAUCAUAGCCAUUUUUUCUCAAUCUUAUCAAGUAAAAGAUAAUCAGACUGAAUUGAAUGCAACCUAUUCUCAUUUAACCAAAGAACAGAAAUUAAAAUUGCUUAAUUCGGGUUUGGACAAUUUACAAAUAAAUACAACCGAGCAAAAGCAGGAAUUAUUAAAUAUCAUUCUCACUAAAAAGCAAGAAGAAAUUCAUUUUGAUUUAACCAUUACCGAAAAAGAAAAUAUUUUGCGAUUGAUUACAAGCCAAAUUAGCCAAAAUCAAUUGGAAACUUAUGAAGAAUAUGGGAAAUCUUUAUUGGAAUUAGCCGAGGAUUUAAUUACUGUGGAUGAAGAGGAAACCAAGGAAAAUUUGGCUAAUGCCGAUUCCAACAAUUUAAACAAUUUUUCGUUAUCGCCUCAGCAAGAAAAUAUUCUGAAAACUUUGUCGCCUUUACGACGAGAAUUUUCAUAUUCAGAUAAUUUGUUGAAAAGAUCACGGAGAUUAAAUAGUCCCCAGGAAAACCAAGAAUUAAGGAGUUCUUUAUUGCCUUCUUUACUUUAUUUCGCCCAGAUGAAUGGUGAGGAUUUGGCUAAUCAGGAAUAUCGCUUAUCUAAAACAACCUUUCGAGAGAAAGAGGAUUGGGUAUCAAUGGGAGCCAUAAAUAACUCUCGGACUAUUGCUGCUAUUCCCAAUAUUACUUCCCUCGAAGAAAAAUACGAAAGAUUAGCCACCGCUUAUGAAAAAAUGCGGGAGUAUAUCGAAGAUAAAGAAGUAUUUGUCGAAGCCCCAGAAAAUAUUACUCCCGAACCGCCGACAGGACCAACCACUACUGAUAAUCUUUAUGAUGACUUAUUUGCUAAUUUAGACCAAGAGGAAGCCGAAAAACUGC